AUGAAGCUAGUUUCGUUUUUUCUUCUCGCAUCAUCCUCUUCAGCCUUUUACAAACCGAAUCUUCAUCUAACGCUCGUUCCGGCAGAUGUUGGCCCGACUUGGGAGAAAGCUCUGGAGCACUGUUCAGAACGAAAUCAGACGCUGCCGUAUAUUGAAGAUCUGAGCGACCAACUAUUUUUUGUAGAAGAGCUGAAAGCUUUUAUGAAAAUAAGAGCAGAAGAAGCUGGAAAGCCUGUCUCAGAACUACCCGUCUCAUUCUAUAUCGGUUUGAAGCGAGAAGCAGCGGAAUGGAAAUGGAACUACAUGAAGGAGGGCGAGGAUCAAACAACUCAAAUUUGCAACAUGAGUGAGUCGGCAGAAACUUUUUGGGCUCCGUUUUAUCCUCCAGGAGAAUCGGGAACUGAUGGAGAAAAGAACUGUGUGGUCAUGGCCAUCAACACGAAGCAAAACUCCUUGCUCCCCGAUUUUUACGAGGACGAUGCAAAUUGGGUCGCGGAAAAAUGCUUUGGCGGCGCUGGAUUCAGAGGAUACGCUUGUGUAGACCCGCUGAUUGACGAUUCGAAACUUUGCUCUCCCGACGCCGGAAUUUCCAACUCACUUAAUUUCUUUCUUAUUCUAGCUCUUUUCUACCUCUCAACGAGUUCUUGA